AUGUCAACUCGCCGCUACCGUUCUGCCAUCGCCUGCCAGACCUGCCGAGUGCGCAAGGUUAGAUGCAGCGUUUCGAUGACGGGAGUUCCGUGUAUAAGCUGUGAGCAGGACCAGACAGAAUGCAUUCUGAAGCCAAGACAAGGCAAACGGCUCCGGCAGAACACUACCGUGUUUCCGGCGCCCCGUCACUAUGCUGCAAGCUCGGCUUUGCCAGACACCACUAGCCAAAGCAACCAAGAGCCAAGCAAUCCGUCUCCAGAUCCCAGCCCAAAGGAUGAUCUCGGAGAGCCACGUGGUUCUGGGUCAUCUUUGGAUACGCCUGAUACCCGAGCUUCGGCGGUAUCUAGCGAACAAAGUAUUUCUGCUGACGAAGAAAGAAUCGGUGUUGAGAUGGUAGAGGUUGCCCUGGGGUAUCCGCGAAGAACAGGCCAGAUACCAUACUAUGUUGGUGAACAAACCGGAGGUCCAACGUCUAUUAUGCAUAUAUGCACGACAGAUCAUGCUAUACCAAGACAUCUCCUUUUGCCAGAAGCAAAACAAAUCGUUUUAACAGAUGAUGAAAGAGCUUUUCUUCGCAGUAAAGGCGUCUACUCCUUCUUAUCAGAUACAACCAUGGAGUGCAUGAUUCGAGCGUAUUUUCACCAUGUUCAUCCCAUCAUGCCAGUCUUAGAGGCGGAUACGCUACUUGAACACUACCGUUCUAAGCGAAUGCAUGAGUACAAUCUGAUAUUGUUGUGGUCGAUGUGUUCUAUAGCUUCUAAUUAUAUGCCUGCUGAGAUAUAUGAAGCCGAAGGGUUUACAUCUCGGAAGACUAUGAAAGCCGAAAUGUAUUCUCGUGCAGCUUGCAUAUACAACAAUGGUGGUGAAAAGAACAACUUUAUCCUUCUGCAGGGCGCACUACUAGUAGGCUUUUGGAACUCCGAAAAAGAAGACCAUAUGCAGCCGUGGCAUUGGAGCGGCCGAGCCAUCAAUAUAUGCCAAAUACUCGGGCUCCACCGUGAUAUCGACUCCUCUGGCUAUAACACGUCCAUAACCGAACGGCAGCGUUCCCUAUUCCGUAGAUUGUGGUGGACUUCCUUUUGGCGGGACCGCUGGCUGGCCAUGGCACUCGGAAGACCCCUCCGAAUCAACCUGGACGAAUCUGAUACCCCGGAUCCAUUAGUGUCAGAUAUGGCGGCAGAUCUGGAAGGCAUUCCGGAAUCCACAACUUCGGCUUUCCUGCCGAGGGACUUGCCGCAACUGGCCGAAUACUGGGUCCAGCUGAUACACAUGACGAAACUACUCGGCAAGACGCUCACAACAUGCUAUCAGCUCCGACGGCCAAGGCCAACCAUUAGCAAGAUUGACUCUCUGGAGGCGGAAAUACUGCAGUUUGCAUUGCCAGACUACCCGGAUCCCACCCUUUCCCCGUUAGCAACGUUUUACUAUUACCACUUGCAGCUCCAUUACCAAUCCAUUUUAAUCACAUACUAUCGACCGUAUAGUAUAGAAACUCCUUCAGAUCUCCCUCCGUACCGACAGAGAGAAUGGCAGCUAGAAAUGCAGGCAAAGGCAAUGUCUGCUGCUUCAAAAACUUGCAACAUCGUCUAUUCUCUCGCCCAAGGCAAUUACUUCUCCUAUGCAGGACCAAUGACGCCAACUUUAUUGGUCCCAGCUAUGCAAGUCUAUCUCCUCAACUGUAAAUUUGGCGACGCCUUAUCAAGGCGCCUUGGGUUAAAUAUGUUAAACAUGUGCAUGAUGAUUCUGGAGGAGCUACAAAAAACAUAUUCAGUCGCCUCGGUAUGCCGAGGUAUAUUCGGCAAGGCUAUACAGCAGCUUUUCCCGGACGAUGCUGCCAGCAUUUCUUUGUCCCACUCUCUCCCCGAGACGAAUAUCAUUGCUCUUCCCGAGCUAAUGCCGCCUACAAUGUCUAUUGCAGAUGCCCCUCUUCAGCUAGAGCUAUUCGGCUCGAAUGCCUCCAAGGCUGAAUUCAUCGACGCACUUACUGCAGAGCCAUCUAUUUUUAGCUUUGUGGAUAUGCUUAAUUUAUAG